AUGUUCGCCUCGCUCAUCGCCUCAACUCUCCUCCCCCUCCUCGCCCUCACCCCAACCCUCACACUCGCCGCCCCCGCCAUCCCAGCGACACUCAGCAAACGAGCCGUGGGCACGGUCAGGAACUGUAACACCCAGGGGCAGAUCGCUAUCACCUUUGACGAUGGCCCUUUUCAGUACGAUAACGACCUUUUGAAUACGUUGGGGGAUAAUAAGGCUACUUUCUUCGUGAAUGGGCAGAAUUAUGGGUGUAUUUAUGAUUAUGCGGAUGAUCUGAAACGAAUGUCCGCGGCUGGGCAUACGAUCGGCAGUCAUACGUGGUCUCAUAAAGAUCUGACCACCUUGUCUUGGGAUCAACUCCACGACGAGUUCUACAGGGUCGAAGACGCCAUGACCAAGAUCCUCGGUCUCAAGCCCAAGUACUUCCGACCGCCCUUUGGGAAAUACAACGACCAGGUCUUGCAGGUCGCCGCGCAGAGGGGGUAUACGAAGAUGAUCCUCUGGAGCGAUGAUACUCAGGAUGCUAGUGGUGCUCCGGUUUGGCAGUCGAAGCAGACUUACGACAACAUUAACGGUCAGAGCGGGAGGAUCGUCCUCAACCACAACGUCAUUCCCGGUACCGUCUAUGACGUCGUCCCCCACGCCCUGAGCGUGACCGGAUCCCUUCAAAAGGUCUCUAUCGAUACCUGCCUCGGAUCCGAGGGAGAAUGGCCUUACUACUGGGUUCAGAACCCGGGCAACAGGGAUGGAAGCUGGACCUGUUAG